UGGAGGGAGGGCGGAAGGAAGCCGCACUGCAUCCUGGGAGCUGUCAGUGCCCUCUCCGGUGUGUUUAGGCGGCGGGGCUCUUCCGGCUUGGGGCGCCAAGCUCACAACUUUACAUGAAUUGCAAGCUGGUCUCUAGUGGGACUCUGCGGGAGGAUGAAUGCGGAGGAGCUGGAGCUAAUGGGUGAUUCCAAGUACAGGAACUAUGCAGCAGCUGUUGACAAGGCUCUGAAAAGCUUUGAGUACUCCAGUGAGUGGGCUGAUUUAAUCUCAUCACUUGGAAAGCUAAAUAAGGUUCUCCAAAACAACGCAAAGUACCAAGUAGUACCAAAAAAGCUGACCAUAGGAAAGCGCCUAGCACAAUGCCUUCAUCCUGCCUUGCCAGGUGGGGUGCACCGAAAGGCACUGGAGACAUAUGAGAUUAUCUUCAAAAUCAUUGGGCCCAAGCGUCUGGCCAAAGACCUUUUCCUAUACAGUUCUGGGCUUUUCCCUCUUCUCGCCAAUGCUGCUAUGUCUGUCAAACCAGCAUUACUCAGUCUGUAUGAAGUUUAUUAUCUUCCUUUGGGCAAAACCUUGAAACCAGGCCUGCAAGGGUUAUUAACUGGGAUACUUCCAGGCUUGGAGGAGGGUUCCGAGUAUUACGAGAGAACCAACACGCUAUUGGAGAAGGUAGCUGCCGCAGUGGACCAAUCGGCUUUCUACAGUGCAUUGUGGGGCAGUCUUCUUACUAGUCCUGCUGUUCGGUUGCCCGGAAUUACUUAUGUCCUCUCCCAUCUAAACAGGAAGCUUUCCAUGGAAGACCAGCUUUAUAUAAUAGGCAGUGACAUUGAACUGAUGGUGGAAGCAGUAAGCACUUCAGUGCAGGAUUCCAGUGUAUUAGUACAGAGAAGCACACUGGACCUGAUACUUUUCUGUUUUCCAUUCCACAUGAGUCAGGCAACACGCCCAGACAUGAUCAGAAUUCUAUCAGCAUCUCUUCACGUAGUCCUACGCAGAGAUAUGUCACUCAAUAGAAGGCUUUAUGCUUGGCUUCUAGGUUUUGAUAACAAUGGUGCCAUUAUAGGACCUAGAAGCACAAGACAUAGCAAUCCUGAAGAACAUGCUACAUACUACUUCGAUACUUUCUCUAAGGAAAUGUUAGUUCAGGCAAUGGUGGGGAUUUUGCAGAUCAAUGUGCAUGGAGAGGAGAGUACAUUGAUGCAGGACUUAAAGCCAUUUCGGAUUCUUAUCAGUUUACUGGACAAACCUGAGCUAGGACCUGUAAUAUUAGAGGAUGUAUUGAUUGAAGUGUUUAGGACAUUGUAUACACAAUGCAAAGCAGAGCUGGAUCUUCAAGUAGAAUCCUCCUUCACCAAGGACCAUGCCCAGCUAAGCAGUAAAUUGAGGGAAAAUAAGAAAACAGCAGAGCUGAUUAAAACUGCCAAUCUUCUGUUCAAUUCCUUUGAGCCUUACUAUAUGUGGGAUUACAUUGCCCAUUGGUUUGAAGAAUGUUGUAGGAGGACAUUGCAUGCCCGACUACAGACUGUGCCUGGAGGUGGUAGUGAGCCCGCUGAACUCCCCCUUACCAAUUUCUGCCUACUAGUUGACUUUUUGUUGGAUAUAGUAUCAUUGCCUACUAGAAGUAUGAGAGUGCUCUGUCAGGAGACCUAUAUUGAAAUACAAACUGAACAUCUGCCUCAGCUGUUACUCAGGAUGAUCUCUGCACUGACGAGCCACCUCCAGAGUUUACACUUGUCUGAGCUAACAGAUUCCUUGAAACUCUGCUCAAAGAUUCUUAGCAAGGUCCAGCCCCCGCUGUUAUCCGCUGGUUCUGAUGGAGCCUUGCAGCUUCCCAGUAGGCAUAGUGCUAUCAAAGAAUGGGAAGACAAAAAGAUGCCGCUGGUUUCUGUGGAGAACCCUGGGGAUGUGUUCGAAGAUGGUGAAAAUCCUCCAAGCAGUCGGUCAUCUGAAAGUGGCUUUACAGAGUUUGUACAGUACCAGGCAGAUACGGCCGAUGAGCUUGACAGGAUAUUGAGUGGGGGACCUGGAACAACUGCCAUACCCGUUAUAGGCAGCACCUCUUCAGAGACGGAGACUGCCUCCACCGUGGGGUCUGAGGAAACCAUUGUUCAGCCUUCUUUCCAGACGACCCAGGGGACAGGAUUGCGAAGUGGGAAGACGACAACUGUUCAAAAGACUGCAAUGCAGUGCUGUUUGGAGUAUGUCCAGCAGUUUUUAACCAGAUUUAUCAACCUGUACAUCAUUCCAAGCAACUCCUUGCCUCGGCCUUUGGCGGCUGAACUUCAGGAGGACCUCGCUAGAGGGAAAGGAGAGGCUGCACAGUGCACUAGAGAGUCACAAGGGGAUGCAGUUAAAGGGAAAAAACCCACUAAGAAGACAUCACCAAAAGAAUACCUCUCUGCCUUUAUUGCUGCAUGUCAGCUCUUCCUUGAGUGUUCAAGUUUUCCAGUUUACAUUGCAGAGGGAAACCACACAUCAGAAAUACAUGCUGAGCAGACAGAUGUUGACUGCGAGCAAGAGCAGCCCCCUUUGUGGCUCCAAACUCUUAUGGGUGCUUGCAGACAAGCAAAUGAUUUUAGCAUCCAAGGUGUCACCAUUUCGUUAAUAAUGGACUUGGUUGGAUUGACUCAGUCAGUUGCUGUUGUCACUGGAGAAAAUCUGAAUAGUGUGGAAGCAGCACAGCCACUUAGUCCAAACCAGGGAAGAGUGGCUGUUGUCAUCAGGCCUCCUCUCACUCAAGGCAACCUCCGAUAUAUGGCUGAAAAGACAGAUUUUUUCAAGCAUGUGGCAUUAACUCUGUGGGACCAGUUGGGGGAUGGAACUCCUCAACAUCACCAGAAGAGCGUAGAGCUUUUUUUCCAGUUGCACAACCUAGUUCCAUCAUCCAGCAUUUGUGAGGAUGUUAUCAGUCAACAGUUGACCCACAGAGACAAGAACAUCAGGAUGGAGGCUCAUGCAAAGUUUGCAGUACUCUGGCAUCUCACCAGAGACCUUCAUAUUAACAAGUCCUCCUCAUAUGGUCGUUCAUUUGACAGGUCCUUGUUUAUCAUGCUAGACAGCCUUAACAGUUUAGAUGGCUCUACCUGGUCAGUUGGUCAGGCCUGGUUAAAUCAAGUACUCCAACGUCAUGACAUUGCAAGAGUUCUUGAACCUUUGCUUCUGCUGCUUCUCCACCCCAAAACUCAACGCAUUUCUGUUCAAAGGGUGCAAGCUGAAUGCUACUGGAAUAAGUCGUCUUGUUAUCCUGAAGAUGAAAAUGAAAAGAAUUUUAUGCAGAAAUUUAAUUGUGGUGGUUCAUUUACCCACAUUCCGGCAAGUCAAGAACAAGACAUUUCCGCUAAAGAGAACAAUGAAAAGCAACUUGUCAUGGAUGAAAUGGAGAAUUUCAGUCUUACUGUCAACCCAUUAAGUGACAGGAUUUCCCUACUGAGUACUAGCAGUGAAACUCUUCCUAUGGCUGCGUCUGAUUUUGAUCUUCCUGACAAUCAGAUAGAAAUAAUGCAGAGUUCCGACUCUGGCUGUUCCCAGUCAUCUGCUGGGGAUAACCUAAGCUAUGAGGUGGAAGGUGAAAGCCUGAUGGCAACAGAUAGUUCUCAGCAUUUGAGGGGAGAUUCACCAGAUGAGAUUGUCCAGCAGGUGGUCACUGACUUGAUUUGCAAGGUUGUCAGUGGGCUUGGCGAAGAUACCGAACCAGUUAAAUGCUAUCUUUAUCCAGACGAUACCUCCACCAAGCUAAAUACUUUGGAUCCCUCUGAAGAGGUGACUAAAAUUGAAGACCCAAACAUUCAAGACAGUCAGAGCAGUUUGCUUAGCAAUGACAGCUCUCAGUUGCUUUCUGCCUCAACUGAGACAGGACUUGACAGCAUUUCCAAUGAAAUCUCUCGAAACAAUUCCUCUCCUUGCAUCUCAGUAAGUCAGCAGAGUCCCGGUGAGCCAACAUCAAUGGAAGCCAAGUCUCGGCAGAGAAGUCACAGCAGCAUCCAGUUCAGCUUCAAAGGGAAACUGCCUGAAAAAGUGUCUGAGAAGGAAACCAUCGUGAAAGAGUCUGGUAAGCAGCCAGGAGCAAAGCCCAAAGUCAAAAUAGCCAAGAGGAAAGAUGAAGAGAAGAAGAAAGCACAAGCUGAGAAACUUAAGCAAACCAGUGUUUUCUUCACUGAUGGCCUUGACUUGGAAAACUGGUACAGCUGUGGAGAGGGAGAGAUCUCAGAAAUUGAGAGUGAUGCAGGAUCACCAGGAAUGCGAAAGUCGCCUCACUUUAAUAUACAUCCUUUAUACCAGCAUGUACUGCUGUAUCUUCAGGUGUAUGACUCCUCAAGGACGCUCUAUGCUUUUUCUGCAAUUAAAGCCAUCUUGAAAACAAAUCCUUCUGCUUUUGUGAACGCCAUCUCUACCACCAGCGUCAACAAUGCCUAUACCCCCCAGCUUUCCUUACUUCAGAAUCUUUUGGCUAGACAUCGCAUAUCUGUUAUGGGCAAAGACUUCUAUAGCCAUAUCCCAGUGGACUCUAAUCAUAAUUUUCGAAGCUCCAUGUACAUAGAGAUCCUUAUUUCUUUGUGCUUAUACUAUAUGCGGAGCCACUAUCCAACCCACGUGAAAGUCUCCUCGCAAGACCUAAUAGGGAACCGUAACAUGCAGAUGAUGAGCAUAGAAAUCUUGACUCUUCUCUUUGCUGAGCUAGCAAAAGUGGCAGAGAGUUCCACAAAAGGCUUUCCCAGCUUCAUAUCGGAUAUGCUGUCUAAGUGCAAGGUCCAGAAGGUGGUCCUGCACUGUUUGCUGUCCUCCAUCUUCAGCGUCCAGAAGUGGCACAGCGAGAAGGUUGCUGGCAAAAACAUAGUGUUCAUUGAGGAAGGCUUCUCCGAAGACAGUCUCAUUAACUUCUCUGAGGACGAGUUUGACAACGGCAGCACCCUCCAAUCGCAGCUCUUAAAAGUCCUUCAGCGGCUCAUUGUUCUGGAGCAUAGAGUAAUGACUGUUCCAGAGGAGAACGAGGCAGGCUUUGACUUUGUCAUAACUGACUUGGAACACAUCAACCCCCAGCAGCCAAUGACUUCCCUUCAGUAUUUACAUUCUCAGCCAAUAACCUCCCAAGGCAUGUUUCUCUGUGCCGUGAUAAGAGCAUUACACCAGCACUGUGCCUGUAAAAUGCAUCCCCAGUGGAUAGGCCUAAUUACCGCUUCUCUACCUUACAUGGGGAAAGUGCUCCAAAGGGUGGUGGUUUCUGUGACCCUCCAGCUUUGCCGGAACCUGGAUAACCUGAUUCAACAAUACAAAUAUGAAAUGGGAUUGUCUGACAGUAGGCCCCUUUGGAUGGCAUCAGUUACUCCACCAGAUAUGAUGCUGACUCUUUUGGAAGGCAUUACAACUGUCAUUCACUACUGCCUACUUGACCCAUCUGCACAGUAUCAUCAACUUCUAGUAAAUGUAGACCAAAAGCACAUGUACGAAGCACGCAGUGGGAUCUUGUCCAUCCUUCACAUGAUCAUGUCAUCUGUGACUCUUCUGUGGAGCAUUCUGCAUCAGGCAGACUCUUCAGAGAAAACACGUGCAGCAGCUGCUGCAUCUGUUACCACAAUUAAUCUUGGAUCAACAAAGAAUCUGAGGCAGCAGAUUCUUGAAUUGCUGGGUCCUAUUUCAAUGAAUCAUGGUGUUCAUUUUAUGGCAGCUAUUGCAUUUGUGUGGAAUGAAAGGAGACUACACAAACACACUUCAAGGACUAAGGUCAUUCCUACUCCCAGUGAAGAGCAGCUCCUGUUAGUGGAGCUGGUUCGUUCUAUCAGUGUUAUGAGAACUGAGACUGUUAUGCAGACAGUGAAAGAAGUCUUAAAACAGCCACCAGCAAUAGCCAAGGACAAGAAGCAUCUUUCAUUGGAAGUCUGCAUGUUGCAGUUUUUCUUUGCAUACAUUCAGAGAAUCCCGGUGUCCAACAUUGUAGACAGCUGGGCAUCAUUACUGCUUCUUCUGAAGGAUUCUGUACAACUUGGCCUUCCAGCUCCAGGGCAAUUUCUCAUACUUGGCAUUUUAAAUGAGUUUAUUAUGAAAAACCCAAAUCUGGAUAAUAAGAAAGACCAGCGAGAUCUCCAGGAUGUAACCCACAAAAUAGUGGAUGCCAUUGGAGCAAUUGCUGGCUCAUCCCUGGAACAGACUACAUGGCUCAGGCGAAACUUGGAGGUUAAACCGUCCCCCAAGAUAAUGGUUGAUGGAAACAACUUGGAGUCUGAUGUUGAAGAUAUGUUGUCUCCAGCUUUGGAAACCUCAAGCAUAACUCCAUCAGUUUUUAGCGUUCAUGCCUUAACGCUGCUAUCAGAAGUCUUGGCUCAUCUUUUGGACAUGGUUUUCUAUAGUGAUGAAAAAGAGAGAGUUAUUCCACUUCUUGUAAAUAUAAUGCACUAUGUUGUGCCUUAUCUUCGCAAUCACAGUGCUCAUAAUGCACCCAGUUAUCGAGCCUGUGUCCAACUGUUGAGCAGCCUGAGUGGAUAUCAGUACACAAGGAGAGCAUGGAAAAAGGAAGCUUUUGACCUCUUCAUGGAUUCCAGUUUCUUUCAAAUGGAUGCUUCCUGCGUUAAUCAUUGGAGAGCAAUCAUGGACAAUUUGAUGACACAUGACAAAACCACAUUUAGAGAUUUGAUGACGCGUGUGGCUGUAGCUCAGAGCAGUUCACUCAAUCUGUUUGCCAAUCGGGAUGUCGAACUGGAACAGCGAGCAAUGCUUCUGAAGAGACUGGCGUUUGCCAUUUUUAGCAGCGAAGUGGACCAAUACCAGAAAUAUCUUCCAGAUAUACAAGAAAGACUGGUAGAAAGUCUCCGUUUGCCCCAAGUGCCCACCCUUCACUCCCAAGUGUUCCUCUUUUUCCGAGUUUUGCUUUUAAGAAUGUCUCCCCAGCACCUUACCUCUCUUUGGCCUACCAUGAUCACAGAACUGGUCCAAGUAUUUUUACUGAUGGAACAGGAACUUACAGCUGAUGAAGAUAUCUCAAGGACUUCAGGACCAUCAGUUGCUGGUUUGGAAACUACGUACACAGGAGGCAAUGGAUUCUCAACAUCCUACAACAGCCAGAGAUGGUUAAAUCUUUAUUUGUCAGCUUGUAAAUUUCUGGAUUUAGCGCUAGCAUUGCCCUCUGAAAAUCUUCCUCAGUUUCAGAUGUAUCGGUGGGCUUUUAUUCCAGAAGCUUCAGAUGAUUCAGGGUUGGAGGUGCGAAGACAAGGUACAUACCAAAGGGAAUUCAAACCAUAUGUGGUGCGAUUAGCAAAACUGCUACGAAAGAGAGCAAAGAAAAAUCCAGAGGAUGACAGCUCAGGUAAAACACUAAACUGGGAACCUGGUACCUUGCUCCUGACCAUCUGUGCUGUCCGCAGCAUUGAACAGCUUCUGCCUUUCUUCAAUGUUCUGAGCCAAGUGUUUAACAGCAAAAUCACCAGCAGAAGCAUUGGUCAUUCCGGGAGCCCCAUACUUUAUCCAAAUUCUUUCCCUACCAAGGACAUGAAAAUAGAGAACCAAAAGACAUUGUCUAGCAAAGCAAGACAGAAAAUUGAAGAGAUGGUUGAGAAGGACUUUCUGGAAGGUGUCAUAAAAACAUGAGGUGUAUGUGGCAAAAUAUUUAACUUGAGUAAUGUAACUUCAGAUGAAACCACGCCAUCCUUCCAGCGUGUAUAGUUUUCUUUUUCAUACUUUGUAUGUAAUGUAUACUUCAGGAUGUAUUUAAUUUAGAUACCUGUAAAUAAGUUCUGGAUGUGGCCUGAAUCAAGUUAAAUAUCGCUGGCUCAUAUGGAUUAUGGUGCCUAAUAUUUAUGGUACAUUUUGUUUUUGUCAUCUUGACGUCUGUCUUUAAGAAAAUCUACCAAUACAAGUUGCACAUUUUUC